ACCACACCACCACCCAUAGUGUUCUCUCUCUCUCUCUCUAGCUUUGUACUUGCCAUACCUUCUCUCUCUUGCUCUCUACCUAAAUCCUUUCUAUCUAAUAUUUUUGUUCCUCAUACCCAUUUUCUUUCUCUCUAGCUCUUCACUUUUUAACUCCUCUCUAUCUCUCUCGCUAACGUUCUAUUUCUCUUGAGCACACCCAUUCUCUCUCUCAGUGCCCUCUUUCUAUCUCUACUUUUCUCGUCCCCACUCUCUCUCUCUCAAAUGGAUUCUCUCACUCUCCUCAAAAUCCUAGUAGGGGUGGUGGCGACAAUAUUCAUCCACCACCUAUGGACCCUCCCCCAGAAAAGAAAACAAAAGCAAGAGGCACCCCAACCGCCCGGCUCAUGGCCAAUACUCGGCCACCUUCCUCUCUUGGCCAACUCCGCCCUACCUCACCGAACCCUUUCAGACCUAGCCGACCGCUACGGCUCGGCGAUAACACUGAGACUCGGCUCCCGCCCUACUCUAAUAGUAAGCGACUCAGACCUCGCCAAAGAGUGUCUGGCCACAAACGACAGAGUCCUCGCGACUCGACCCGAUAACCCCGCUUCGACCCACCUGGCCUACAACCGAGCCAUGCUCGGGUUCGCGCCUUAUGGACCCCACUGGCGCGAAUCCCGCAAAAUCGCCACCCUCGAGUUGCUGUCUCAUCGACGGCUCGAGCUGCUCAAGCAUGUGCGCGUGUCAGAGGUUGAUUUGUGCGUCCAGGAGCUCUACGGGCGCUGGGCUGAGAAUAAGGGGGAGAAAGCGACGGUGGAGAUGAAACAGAGGCUCGAGGAUCUGACGUUCAACGUGGUGACACGUAUGGUUUCGGGAAAGCGUUAUUACGGGACUGGAACGGUAACGGGGGCCGAGGAGGGGGAGGCGAGGCGUUUUCAGCGGCUCAUCGAGGAGCUUUUCAGGUUGGCGGCGGUUUUUGAUAUAACGGACGCGAUCCCGUUUUUGAGGUGGGUAGGGAUAGGUGGAUAUAAGGGGGAGAUGGAGAGGGUAGCGAGGGAAUUGGGGGAGAUGUUUGAGAGCUGGGUCGAGGACCGUCGGCACGAGAAAAGCAACGGUCAUGAUUUCUUGGACGUGUUGAUGGAAACUGUGAAGGAGGGGAAUUUUCCUACGGCACAUACCCCUAAUACGAUUAUCAAAGGAAUCACAAUGAAUAUAAUAAUGGCAGGCACUGACACCUCAGCAGCAACGAUGACAUGGGCGCUCGCAGCACUAGUCAACAACCGCCGCGUCCUCGAGAAGGUCCAGGCCGAGCUGGACCUCCACGUAGGAAGGGACCGGAUUGUCGAAGAGGCUGAUAUCAAACACCUCACAUACUUAAAUGCAGUGAUUAAGGAGACCAUGCGCCUCUACCCGGCUGGACCGCUCCUAGUGCCCCACGAGGCCAUGGAGAACUGCACCAUCGGGGGGUUCAAGGUGCGGGCCGGCACUCGCCUCCUUGUGAAUGCAUGGAAAAUACACAGAGACCCAAGUGCAUGGGAAGAUGCAGAGGAGUUCAAGCCAGAGAGGUUCCUGACUACUAAGGCACAUGUUGAUGUCUAUGGAAAGCAUUUUGAGUACAUACCAUUUGGCGCUGGGAGGCGGUCGUGCCCGGGGGUUUCGCUGGCUCUUCAUGUCAUGCAUCUUACACUCGCACGCCUGUUGCAGGCGUUCGAGUGGGACACUCUGACGGGGGAGAAGCUCGAUAUGAGCGAAAAUUUCGGACUGACACUUCGUAAGGAUGGCCCUCUGGAAGUGACCCUGAAACCUCGCCUCCCGGUGGAGCUAUACCAUUAAUGGAAAUUCGACCUUUUUUUCUUUUUAAAAAAGGAAAACAUACCAUGUAGAACAUUGCGUGUGGUGUACAAUGUCAUACAUGGAGCAUCCACCGUUAGUUCUUGAUACAUUACCCUGUUAGGUGCUUAUACUCCUCUUUUUUUUUUUACCAUUGUUUUUCUAUGGAUUUGUAUUAGAGGCAGCAUCACUUCUAAUAAUAUGAUAAAAGUUCUUUAUGAGCAA